AUGGUAUCUCUGUAUAAUGUAAAGGAUAAUAAGAAAAUACAUUAUGUCGAUGUAUGUUCUCUUUACCCUUAUAUUUGUAAAACAGAUAAAUUUCCUGUAGGACACCCGAAAAUAUACGUCGGCGAAGAAUGUCGCGAAUUAACAGGUCCUACAGGAGUCGAAAUCGAUAAAAUAGAAGGCCUUGUUCACUGUACAAUAUUACCACCUCGUAAUCUUUAUCACCCUGUGUUACCCGUACGAAUGCAUGGUAAAUUAAUGUUUGCUUUAUGCCGUACAUGUUGCGAAAAUAAGUAUCAAUCAAAUUGUAUACACGAGGAUGUUACUGAUCGCGAAUUUACAGGGACUUGGGUGGUUCAUGAAAUACGUAAAGCAGUAAGCGUUGGUUAUAAGAUCAAAAAUAUUUAUGAAAUUUGGCAAUACGACGUAACACAAUAUAAUUCUCAAACUAAGGAGGGUGGUCACUUCACAGAAUACAUAAACACUUUCUUAAAAAUUAAGCAAGAAGCUAGUGGUUGGCCUUCCGAUUGCGUUGAUGAGGAAUCUAAAAUACGAUACAUAGAGGAAUAUGAGCGAGCGGAAGGUGUUAAAUUGGAGUCGGAAAAAAUAUGUGUCAAUCCAGGUCUCCGAGCUGUUUCAAAAUUAUGUUUAAAUUCUUUUUGGGGUAAAUUUGGUCAGCGCGAAAAUCUUCCUAAAGUUGAAAUUGUGACAACACGUAGCAGAUUGAUACAGCUACUCUCCAGUAAUGAAGUUAACGUUACAAGUAUACUACCUGUUAAUGACGACGUUUUAUAUGUUGGUUAUAUAAGUACAGACGAAAAUUUAACACCAUCUUCGAUAACAAAUGUUGUAAUAGCCGCAUACACAACAGCUCAAGCGCGUUUAAAAUUAUAUGAAUAUCUCGAACGUCUUGACAAACGAGUGUUAUACUGCGAUACAGAUUCCUGUAUAUAUGUAAGGGGUAUUUCACCAAACAAAUAUGAACCGCCAACUGGUAAAUUGUUGGGUGAUUUGACAGAUGAAUUAACGUGUUAUGGUACGGGUAGUUAUAUCGAAUCUUUUGUUUCGGGUGAUCCGAAAUUUUAUGCUUUUGUAGUACGUAAACCUGAUGGUAGUACCACCGAAAUUUGUAAGGCUAAGGGUAUUACUCUUAAUUUCGCAAAUAGUAAAUUAAUCAAUUACCAUUCUGUCAGAUCUCUUAUUACAAAUGAGCUGGAUACCCCUAUAACACUUCAUUUCAAAGCUAUUAGGCGUACAGAGUUUCAUAACGUUAUAACAAAUUCCGAGCAUAAAACAUGUAAACAGACUUUCGAUAAAAGAAGGCGUGAAGGAUCUUAUGGUUCAUUACCGUAUGGUUAUUGUAAUUUAUAA